AUGGCUUCACGAUUUCCACGCUCCAACCUUCACCAGCGUGAUCCUCGCGCAUCGGCUUCACUCUUUGAUUCAUAUGGCGGCGAUUCCAGACCUGCCAGUAGGUCGCCUGGCCGAGUAGGUGGUUAUGGUUUUGGAGGAUAUCCCAGCAAUGGGGCCGUUAACGGAGCCUCUGUCGGAAAUGGAUACAGGACUGCGACGCCAAAUGCGAAAGGCCACUACUCCGAUGCAGUUCUAUCUCAUCUAGAGUCGCAGAAUGAUGCCGAGGUAGAGGGUAUCAGCGCAAAAGUCAAGAUGCUGAAAGAUCUUACACUUGCUAUUGGCGAGGAGAUCCGGGAUACUUCGACCAUUGCAGAACUUAAUGAUACAUUUGACAACACCCGUCUUCGUAUACGAGGAAACAUGAGUCGCAUGCUGCGGAUGGCGGAACGGACAGGCGUCGGCUGGCGUGUAUGGCUGGCUUUCUUCCUGGCUGUGUUCCUACUCUUUGCUUAUGUGUGGUUGACUUGA